UAUCAGGAGAAGAAACUGAUGGACAAUAUUCGCCAAUAUCAAGUUCCACCGCAGAAGUACAUGGCCAUGAUGGACCUUGAGGAGAGGAAUGAAAGGCUAUUUUACAAGCUUCUUAUUGAUAAUGUUGAGGAACUUCUUCCUGUUGUCUACACUCCAACUGUUGGCGAGGCUUGCCAGAAGUAUGGGAGCAUUUUUGAGUGCCCUCAGGGUCUUUAUAUUAGCUUGAAAGAGAAAGGAAAGAUUCUCGAGGUAUUGAAAAACUGGCCUAAAAAGAACAUUCAAGUUAUUGUCAUGACUGAUGGUGAGCGAAUUUUGGGACUUCGGGAUCUUGGCUGCCAGGGGAUGGGGAUACCUGUUAGAAAACUGGCUCUGUAUACAGCACUUGGCGGAGUUAGACCUUCUUCGUGCUUGCCCGUAACCAUUGAUGUGGGGACAAACAAUGAGCAGUUGUUGAAAGAUGAAUUCUACAUUGGGCUCAGACAAAGGAGGGCAACUGGGAAGGAAUAUUAUGACCUUCUUCAUGAAUUCAUGACUGCUGUCAAGCACAACUAUGGUGAAAAAGUACUCAUACAGUUUGAAGAUUUUGCAAACCACAAUGCUUUUGAGCUGCUAGCGAAAUAUAGUACUACUCAUCUUGUCUUCAAUGAUGAUAUACAGGGGACAGCAGCUGUGGUUCUUGCAGGGCUUGUUGCGGCACUGAAGUUACUUGGUGGAUCCUUGGCCAAGCAGACAUUUUUAUUCCUUGGUGCUGGGGAAGUGAGACUCUAAUCUGUCUUCCUUCUUUUACACUAUAAACCUAUUUUCCUCUAGGGGCCACUGGACAGAAUUCCAUCUCUUUACUCAAAAAUGUCUCUCACUUCUAGUUUCUUC